AUGUCUGAGUCAGAAGCUCAGCCUCCGACCAACUUUGUUUCCGAUGUUCUACUGUGGAAGCGGUGGCAAGUUUCGUUCGCUGCCAUUGUUGUUUCUACGGUUGCCUGGCUCUUACUCGAGUGGACUGAUUUACCAUUCUUAACAAUUUGUUCAGAUGUCUUGCUGCUUUUGAUCGUACUAUUGUUUCUGUAUUCUAACUAUGCCACACUUAGAAAUAGACAACCACCAACAUUACCGGAGCUAGUAGUGUCAGAGGAGAUGGUUAGCAACGUAGCUGCUUCAUUUCGGGUGAAAAUCAAUAAUGUGCUUCUUAUAGCUCAUGACAUCACUAUCGGCAAGGAUUUUAGAGUAUUUUUUAAGGUCGUGAUUUGCUUGUGGCUCUUGUCUGUCAUUGGAGGCAUCUUCUCCUUCUUCACACUUGCCUAUAUUGGAACCCUCAUGAUGAUUACGAUCCCUGCAUUGUACAGAAAAUAUGGAGAUUAUGUAGAUAAGUGUUGCGGAGUUAUCAACCACCAAUUUUCAAAACAUUAUAGAAUUGUUGAUGAGAAUGUUUUCAACAGACCGCCUCAUAAUAUACCAAAAGACAAAGAUUCUUGA